GAAUUCUGGCCGGCGAGCACCCCAGACAAGCCCUCAAGAAUACGCUGCCGUUCCUCAGAGCCCUCGCACAGGCAUGCCUGUCGUCUCACCUGCUUCACCAGGACUACGACCUCCUGCAUCGACCUCCACCAUACAGCAAGGCAGGGGCUCCAUUGCACAAGGCGUUGCCAGCGGCGCCAUCGGCGCAGGAUACGGACCUUAUUCAUACAAUCCUUUGAACCGCGAUACUGGCCUGUACAACGGCUCACGAUUUAGUGCAGCGCCUUCGGAAGUCUCAUCAGUCGCGGGAGGCAAUGGCGAAAAGGUGUUUCCUUCAAACACAUCGACAGUCCCUCAUUAUCUCUGGGAUAAGGAUCCUGAUCUCGACGAUGCCCUCCACAACCCAGACCCUGUCCGGGACGCUCAAAUGGACCGCUCAUUUACCUUAUUCUCUGCGAGAGGCUGGUUAAACGCUGGUGCCCUCUUCAUCCUUGUGGUUGGACUCAUCACACUUUUUGCUGGAUACCCCGUCAUCGUUUUUUACACCAAAGAAACUGUCACGACCUCAGGGUUCAAUCUCGGUGGUAUCAAUGGUUCUGGCCAGGUCCCCGACCUCCCCGGCCUCCCUUCUCUCAUUGACAGCGAUACGCCUUCAGAUGCGUAUACGCGCACAGGUCAAGAUGGCAAGAAGUACAAUCUUGUCUUCAGUGAUGAGUUUAAUACGGAUGGACGGACCUUUUACCCCGGUGAUGAUCCCUACUGGGAAGCAGCUGACUUGCAUUACUGGCCUACGGGAGACCUUGAGUGGUAUGACCCCAGUGGCGCCAUUACCGAAAACGGGAAGCUUGUAUUGACACUCAGCGAGGAGGAUGUUCACGAUCUCAACUUCAAAAGUGGCAUGAUUACAUCGUGGAACAAGUUUUGCUUCAUGACGGGUUACGUCGAGGUUUCCGUCAGCAUACCUGGAAGCUCAACAGUCCCUGGUUUCUGGCCUGGUGCAUGGACCAUGGGCAACUUGGGACGAGCAGGCUAUGGCGCCACGACAGAUGGUAUGUGGCCUUACAGCUACGAUACAUGCGACCUUGGAACCUUCCCGAAUCAAACAACUGCAGAUGGCGAACCCGCCGCGGCCCUCACGGGUUCUAAUUAUGGGGGAGCUCUUAGCUACCUACCCGGCCAGCGAGUGUCUGCUUGUACAUGCAGUGGAGGGGACCAUCCCGGUCCAAGCGUAGAUGUGGGCCGCGGGGUUCCCGAAAUCGAUAUCCUCGAACAUCAAAUUGACGUCGACAUAUGGCAAGGAGAAGUGUCGCAGAGUUUCCAGAUCGCACCCUUCAACUACCAGUAUAGCUUCGUUAACACCACACCAGCUACUACCGUCACUAAUGAUACGAUCACCUCUUUCAACCCGUACAAAGGUGGAACGUACCAGCAAGCCAUCUCUGCGUUGACCCUCAUUGACCCUACACACUACAAUGACGUGGCAUACGGAACAUAUGGGUAUGAGUGGUGGUCAGAUCCUGACAACCGGGAUGAUGGCUAUAUACAAUGGUAUAGUGGAGGCGUAGAGUCAUGGCAGAUCACGGCUGCUACCAUCGGGCCCGAUACGACAGUGGAAGUCAGUCAGCGCCUCAUACCCGAGGAACCAAUGUACUUGAUUCUUAACCUGGGAAUGUCACCAAACUUCCAGGCAGCUGACUACAAGCACUUGGUCUUUCCAGGCAAAAUGUAUAUCGACUAUAUACGGGUAUAUCAACGUUCAGGGACGAAGAAUGCUGUGACAUGCAAUCCUUCAACGCGGCCUACGCAAGAUUACAUUAACAACCAUAUUGAUGCAUAUACAAACCCCAAUUACACAACAUGGACAGAUGCUGGAUAUGACUUCCCUCGAAAUUCUCUGUACGACGGUUGUUAAAAUCCGAUGCCCUUUCGUCGUCAACGCCACAUUAUCAUUCUACUCCGAGCACUAUAUCUACACGCGACGUUUUGGCUGAAGCACAAGACGAACUUUGCAUAAUGAUUUGUUAUACCACAUAGCUAUUCACGAUCCAACCCACACGAUGCUAGGCUUCAUGACGCCUCCGCUGUAUUCGACACACCACAGGUUAAAGGACCUACAUAUUUAUUUCCCAUGUUUGAUUAUACUUAGUAAAGUUAAGCUUUCGGACACUUUGGCAUUAUACAUACACUCGUUUGGAUUUUCAGAGGUUGGAUUCAGGCAGUAAAAUUGAUUGGGGUGUUCAGACCAUUAAAGUAUUUUUGGGAUCCGAAUCGCGAGGCGAAGGAUGAAUGCCAUUUUAAUGUUGAUGGGGAU